AUGCCACCCAUGCCAGCCGAUCAAAAAAGCAGUUUUGUGUUAGAUGGUCGAUGUAUCUAUGCGAAUAUCUGUCCAUCAAAGCAGCCGACCAUUGUCCCGCCUCUGAAUAUCGAUGCAAGAGCGAUUUCCAUACAGACGAUGCGAAAGAAAAGAUCCAUCCGUCCAAUGCACGCGCAAAGCCACGGAACCCUUUCCGGUGUCUUCUUUCAGAACAUCACUUCGUCAGUGCUCCACGCAGUCAUGGUUUACACACCAUUUCUGGCCCUGUCACUUCAAAUCAUGCAGCAUGUCCUGAAAUUCUGCAAACCAGGGCUGCGGGUCAACGACAGGACGCAUAAGCCCCAGACGUUCGUUGUGCACGAUGAGGAGCAGCCCAUCGCCAACCGCGAAAAUCUUGUGACGACUAACCUAUUCGCGCCGAAUCAGAUACGACCAAGGUGCCGACGCGCAAUCGCAUCUUCCGCCCUCCUCACCGCCUUCACAUCCUCAACGACGGUGUGCCUCUACACGAAGCAGUCUCCCAAUACGACUGUGCAAUUUCUUGUCACAGGUGGGUUCGUCGCGCCCCUUUGCCAUCUUGUGAACUUGCCCGAUGCAUCCAGCAGCUUCUCGAAGCGACAGCCGGAGAGUGCGACGAACCUACAUGGCAUGGCAUGA